GGAGACGACAGCAACUCCUGAUUCAUCUCCAAAAGUCUGACAAAAGCUCCAAAGUAUCAUCAAAUCCAAUCGAUCCGAAGCUUUCAAAGCAAUCCACUCCAGAGAUUCUGCAUUCAAUCGCUUCUGCGUCAGAACACCACAACCAUCUCAGUAGGGUUUUGUAACCGAGCUUGCAGGAGAGCCCUACAAUCUCAAACACAUGGCAGGUGGUUCGAUCCUGUUGAACGAACUCCAUAGAAAGGCAACCAGCUGGGAGAAAAUAGUUGAUGAAAUAGUAAGGUUAGAGAAGAAGAUUUUUCCCAAACACGAAUCACUUGCUCGAUCUUUUGAUGAUGAACUCAAGAAGAAGAAUAGUGGUUUGUUCUACAUGGAAAUUAACGGUGAAGUUGUUGGCUAUGUCAUGUAUUCGUGUCCUUCUUCACUUUGUGCCAUCAUCACGAAACUCGCAGUGAAGGAGAACCAUAGGAGACAGGGACACGGAGAGGCGUUGUUGAAAGCAGCGAUGGAGAAAUGCAGGAUUAAAAGCAUACAUCGUGUGUCGCUUCAUGUGGAUCCUUUAAGAACUUCAGCAAUGCAUCUAUACAAGAAACUCGRCUUUCAAAUCGACACUCUGGUGAAGGGUUAUUAUUCCUCAGAUCGAGAUGCAUAUAGGAUGUAUAUAGAUUUUGAUAAAGAUUAGCUUAUGGGAGUAGUCCAAAUUGUUGAUCCAUAUGGAUUCUUGCAAAGGGUAGGUUAUAAGGCCUCAUAUAGCUUCAUCUACACAGGGGUCUUCAUGGAAACAGUCUAUCUACCCCUUGGGCUACAGGCAGAUAGUAUGCGGACAUCUUAUCCCUUUUUGGUCUGGUUUGUUAAUUUGGUUAUUUAAGCUUCAUCUAUAGUUUGUAGUUACAAAUUCCUUCAUGGGUGUUAUGUACAAGAUUACAUGAAAUGACCACCCUCUUCACCUUAUAC